CCGAAGCUUUUACUGUCUAUCUGAGCUUCGUUUCUUGCCGAAUCGAGAGAGAGAGAGAGCGCGCCAUGUUUCUGCGACAAGCAGCUAGUUUUCUCCAACGAAUUCGUCUUUAUCCUUCCGCCUUGGCUCUUCCGAUUCCAAGUACGAUUCUCUCGUACUACUCUUGUGCGUGCGUGGGCGUGCGGGCGUGCGUGUUUUUGAUUUUUCGUUGCUUCAAGCAUUGUCAGUUUGAAAAUAUUUGGUGUCUGCCAGAAAAAGCUUAUUCCUUUAUUGUCCGGCGUGUGAAUGGUUUUGAUGAACGACGGUCUCUAGAGGCUGUGAUUCCCUGCAAAAGCUUCAGUUUGGAGGAAUUAAGCAGCUUUUGGCAGAAUGCUGCUCGUGUUGAUUACAGCGGUGUCUCAAAUCUUUUCGCGGUUGCAUUAUAUGUGUUGCUUAGUUAGGCUCAGUUCUUCUGACUAUAUUGUGAACUGCCGUCACAAAGCAUUGUUUGACACAUACGUGGCAUUUCAUAAAGUUUUUGCUUGGUGCACGAGUGAGGUGUGAAACAAAGAAGAAUCCUGCAUUGGGUGGCGUGAGUACAGUGAAGCAAUUGAUAAUACUUAGUUGACCCAUAAUUUGAUGGUGUAAGUUUAUGUACUAUAUAUCUAGUCCUAUGUUGUUAAUUGUACCAGUGGUUGGUUCUUUUGUCUCCUUAUUAUUACGAAGAAAUCGUGUAUCUCGUCUUUCGAUUCCCUAACAGCCUUCUAAAGAAUGUGGUAGGCCCCACAAGGGUUCGCAUGUGUUUCGAUCGGGUGGCGAUGCAUGGAUAAAGGAUAAUGAGGAGUUCUCUUGGUGGGUUGUUGUGGCUGCUCAAGCUGAUCAAAUCCAGCUUUUGCAGAUGGGGUGCCAAUCGAGUCAAUCUCUGAAAAUAAUGCAGAAGCUGCUGAUAUUGUUGGACUUCGCAGGAUUGAUGACGGUUCAGUUGUAUCGAAUAUCCAUACGACCAAGUGGAGAGUAUUCACUGAUAAAGGGAGAGAUGCAUUUCUUCAGGCUAGGGAAAACUGGAGGAAGCUGAAAGAUUCUUCCUUUCUGCACUGCAAGAAGCUAAAGAAGGGUUUGGAGAGAGGGACCCUCAUGUGGCAUCCUCAUGCAACAAUCUCAGCUUUAUAGGGUCAUGAAGGCAUUUGAUAAAGCUGAGCCACUGUACUUGAAGGCAGUCCGUAUUCUUGAAGAGUCAUUUGGUCCUCAGGAUAUACGAGUUGCAGUUGCCUUUCACAAUCUUGGCCAGUUUUAUCUUGCACAGCGUAAGUUAGAAGAAGCUCAAAUCCACUAUGAGAGAGCUCUGGAGAUAAAAGGGAGAGUCUUGGGAUAUGGUCAUCAAGAAUAUGCAGAUACCAUGUACCAUCUGGGAAUGGUGCUAUAUCUACAAGGAAAAGAAAAGGAAUCUGAGGCUCUUAUCCUCCAUUCGAUCAGGAUUUUGGAGGAAGCUGGUCAAGGAGAAUCUAUGGUAUGUUUGAAGAGAUUGCGUCGUCUAGCUCAGAUGUAUUUAAAGUCCAGUUGUCUUGAGGAUGCUGAGAAUGUACAGAGAAAGAUUCUUCAUAUGUUGGAGGUGUCCAAGGGAUGGCAUUCUUUGGAGAUUGUCUUGGCUGCUGAAGGACUUGCCCUGACUCUACAGACAGCUGGAAAGUUGAGGGAAGCACAAGAACUUCUUGAAAGGUGUCUGGAAGCAAGGAGGACUUUGCUGACAGAAAGCCACAUACAGGUUGCAGCCAACAUGCUUCGCUUGGCUAGGGUGGGAAUGCUAAUUUCCAAUCAGUUAAGGAAGGGAAAUCCAUCAGAAGCAAUUGUCGAGCUAGACAAGGCAAAAGGUUACCUAGACAACUCGAUAAGAAUAGCGAGGGAAGUACUUAACAAAUCAGUGAAGCAGAGAGGUAGAUUGAGAAAUGGAAAUUCUGCAGAGAGUGGAAACAAUGGACGCCUAGCAAUGGUCAUACUGCUGCAGUCGUUUGAUUCAUUAGGGCUCCUGGGCCUCACCAAGCGAGAAUUGCUAGAGUCAAGGGAUGAGAACUCACAUCUUGUUGAAGCCGAAGAUGCCCUUUUACGAUGCAUGUCUUCUUUCAAAGAGUUCGCUCAUGAAAGGUCGGUGUCCGGUUUUGUUGAGAUAAAGGUUGAGUAUGUCUCAUGUUUAAAGCAUCUAGCAAGCUUGAUCGAGGAUAUCACUCCGGAAGGGAUGCAGCAUUCUCAAGAAGUCACUAUGCAUGAGCUGAAACAAGAAAUUAGUCGAGUUGAAAAGGAAAUUUCUCAAAUGAGGAGAAAUAAGAAGUAAACUGGAGCUUCUUAAUGCCGGAUCUGGAGUUACUCUGUCGAAUAAUUAGGGAAAAACAGAACUUUCUUGUGCAGGGAAAGGGAAAGUAGCAAGAUGGAUCAACAUCAAGAUGGAACUCCACGGGGUUCCGAUGUUGUUCUGGUUCUGAUAAAGCAAUGAAUUGUUGAUCAUCACGACCAGUGAGCUUCCGUAAGAUUACUGAAGACGUUGCAGGACAAAGUGGUAAACAGAUAGGGAUAUCGUGGCAUGCUGUCUUGAUGAUCCGCUCAUAUUUAGGCUAAAAGUUCAUCGACAUGCUGAGGUACAUAGGUGGUUGGAUUUC